AUGAAAGAGGGUACAACGGCGAAGCGCUACAACCUGAGGAACAGAAGCGGAGAAAUCGCAGCAACUUCGGCCCCAGUAGACGGUAAAAUGACGAACCUCGUGUUUUCCCCCGAGCAGUUCAAGCAAUUCUUAGAAGGCAUCACGACAUCACUGAAGGAGUCGAGACCAACACCGUCAGCGGGGUACUCUGGGGAUGACAGUAACGCCACGACGGGUAACUUUUCUGAAUGCAGGUCAAGAUUCUCGGCUGCAAAAGGGGAAUCGGUAGACGCAUUCAUCGAUGCUAUAACGGUGUACAAGGACUGUGUGAAUAUCAGUGAGGAAAACGCGUUAAAGGGACUGCCAAUGCUGCUUGAUGGGGCAGCCGCAACAUGGUGGCAGGGCAGCAAGGCUUCGGUCAGGUCGUGGCAAGAAGCAGUCGAAGCUCUUCGAAGGAGCUUUGGGGAGCAGAAGCCUAAUUAUAGGAUUUUCCGCGAACUGUUCUCGACCGAGCAGCGGGAAAGGGAGCCCACGGACGUCUUCGUCAGCCAUGCUCGCGCUUUGCUGUCAAAACUGUCCGCAACUCCGGUCCUUGAUGACAUACAUCGGAUUGAUAUGGUCUAUGGUUUGCUCCACCAGUCAAUUAGGAAGGCAGUACCAAGAGAUCAGGUUGGUACUUUUGAGCAGCUCAUCAGCAAGGCCCGGCAGAUCGAAGAUGUGAAUAACGAAUCAAAGGGAGGUUUGGAGGAUGAGGCACCACGUCGAAACAAGCCCAGAUGCUACUACUGCAAGGCUACAGGUCACACCCAACUCGAGUGUCGGAAGUUAGCAGCUACAAAUAAAGCUGAGUCAGGCCCGAGGCCCACAAGGGUCUCUCCAGAUAGAAUUAAUCAACCCAGUGACCAGCUGAUUUGCUACCGGUGCCGCAAGCCUGGCCACAUCAGGUCGCAGUGUCCGAAUGGCCAAAGCUCUCGAACUCAGACAACGACCAACAAUGGUUUCGAGGUUUUGUCUCUGGAUGUCGAGGACCAAGCUCGUAGGGCAUAUAUACCUGUCACCAUAUGUGCCAAAUCUGGAGUAGCAAUUGUAGAUUCCGGCGCAAAACGCAGCAUAGCAGGUAAUAAGCUGUACAAUCACAUGAAAAGUUCCGCUGUCCCCUUUCAGAGCAUUGUCCAAGUCCUCACGAUGGCGGAUGGGAACCCGAUUGAAGUGGCUACGGAAGUUUUCGACGUGGCCAUCGAAUUACAUGGGAGGCAGAUACACACCACCAUUACUGCUGUGCCAGAGCACAGACAAAGCAAAACGCUACUGGGGAUGGAUUUUAUCAAUCAAGCUGAUGUCAUCCUGGACUUUCCCAAAAUGAAAUGGCGUUUCAGGGAAGACGGAGGGUGGAAAGAUCUUUUCGAUGAAGCCACCAUCAUGGAGGGAGUUCAAGUUUGCAGCGCGGUCGUACAACCCCUUCGGCUAGAUGAGGGCACUGACCUCAGUGCAAGCGAAAGGUCACAACUGAAUGGACUGCUAAAUGUCUACUCAGAUAGGUUCGAGGUGAAUGAAGAGCCUACUCCGUAUGCAGAACACUGCAUUGAGCUGACAAACACCACACCCAUCGCGACGAGGCCGUACAGGUUGUCGCCACAAAGAAGAGACAUCCUGGAAAAGGAAAUAGGUGACAUGGUAGACAAAGGCGUGAUAGAAGAGUGCGAAUCCCCUUAUGCGGCUCCGGUUGUGAUGGUACCAAAGCGGGACGGUAGUUGCCGCGUAUGUGUGGACUUUCGAAAACUGAAUAGCGUUACGGUGCCGGACCGAUACCCGCUGCCGCGUAUCGACGACGUGCUCCAUGCUGCCCAGGAAACGUCCUAUAUGAGUACGAUCGAUAUGAAAAGUGGAUUCUGGCAGGUUCCAGUGCGCGCGGAGGACCGGGACAAAACCGCGUUCGUGACACCGUUCGGUCUGUACCGGUUCGCGAGGAUGCCUUUCGCAUUAUGUAACGCGCCGGCGACGUUCCAAAGACUUAUGGACCGUUUUAGGGCGGGGCUGCAUGAGGUGUUUCUCCUGGCGUACAUGGACGACAUCAUCAUUUUGUCGAAUAAUUUUGAAAAACACUUAAGCGAUCUAGAAAAGGUGUUUCAGCGGUUGCGCAAAUUCAAACUUAGUGCGAAUCGGGAAAAGUGCGUGUUCGCAUGCAAGCGGGUCAAGUUCCUAGGCCACAUAAUCACGAAAGAGGGCAUUUCAGCGGAUCCUGAAAAAGUCGCGGCCAUUGCCGGCAUGUCAGCACCAAGAAAUGCCAAGGAAGUCAUGUCGUUUCUGCAGACAUGUAGCUGGUUUCGCCGUUUCGUUCCGGAGUUUUCGAGAGUGGCGCGACCUCUUUCAGAUCUAACAAAGAAGAAGGCUACGUGGAUUUGGGGCACUGAGCAAGAAGUGGCCUUCACCGACCUAAAGGAGAAACUCACAACGGCGCCCAUAUUACGUCAAGCCGACCCUGCACUUCCCUAGAAGGUUGAAAACCGACGCAAGUUCAUACGCGUUGGGUGCAUGCCUGUUGCAGGGUGAGGGCGCGGAUGAGAGGCCCGUAGAAUAUGCGAGCCGUCUUCUGACACAGGCGGAACGUAACUACAGCACGACUGAGAGGGAAGCUCUGGCCAUUGUCUACGCGGUGCAAAAGUUCCGCGGCUACCUGGAGGGCGCGAAAGUGCGGGUGGCUUCUGAUCACCGGCCACUUCGUUGGCUGAUGACCCUCCGUUCGCCGGCUGGGAGGCUAGCGCGGUGGGCGCUCCUAU